CUUAUUCGAAGAUCAUGUUCUUAGCUUAGAAGAAGACGAGACUAGUUUCCAUCCUCGGAGGAGAAUAAAACCUGUCGGACCUCUGCAAACAGUCGAUAAGCGUCAAGCUGUGCGGCUCAAGUUGCAGCUUCAGCUAGCUCAAGAACGGAAGGAGAAGCUGCAACAAGAAUUAGAAAGACAAAAGGAGUUGGAGCUGGAGCGCAAGCGAAUCGAAGCAGAGGAACUAGCCAAACGACGAGCUAGGCAGGAAAAAGAAAGAAAAGACAAGCUGCGUGAACUAGACACAGU